AUGAGUACAAAUAUCAGCCAUUAUGCCACCAGUAAUUCAAUUUACACAAUGAUAGGAAAUAAAUUCGAAAUAUCUCCUUUAAAAGAAGUUCCAGCGAAAAGUAUCCUGGAAAAUAUGUUUUCCCUAUUAAACCCUCAAGGGAUGAGCACAGACUUCAACGUCAGUACCACUAAACUUCUCCCUCAAAUAGAUUUCACCCAAUUAGAGGACUGCGGAUAUUCCUACCCAAUUCAAAAUCCGCUACCAGAUUCUCAAAGCCAAUCUGAUAACAAAAUUUGUACUCAUAGGGAUCGAAAAAUUUAUGCAAGAAAUAUGUGCAACCAGUGCUAUCGAAAAUUUGGGCAGAACAAGACAGCUUGGGCAUGCCCUCAUAAAGACCGCCAGCAUUAUGCUAAAGGAUACUGCCAGCUAUGCUAUUUGAAGGAAUAUCAUCGGUCGAAGCUCAAUGGAAGAAAAUGGAAUAAAAGUAAAUAA